UUUAUUAAUGUUGUUCAAAACAUCGUUAUGGCAAGUUCGCACCCUGUUCAUCCCACUGAAGAGGGCACAGAAAAAGACAGAUUGUUAAUCUCUGUGGCCAGCUACGGAUCAAACGAUCACAACGGUGGCCGUCAUGGCAACCCACCUCCGCGUGACCUCGGCGGAUCACCAUGCCGACAGGUGGAUGAGGAAGAGGAAGCCCUGCGCAGGAAGCUGAAGUAUUUCUUUAUGAGCCCUUGUGAUAAAUACCAUGCCAAGGGCAGAAAACCGUUCAAACUGGUCCUGCAGCUCCUUAAGAUAGUAAUCGUCACUGUUCAGCUGGUACUGUUUGGGCUGAGCAAUCAGAUGGUUGUGGCAUUUAAGGACGAGAACACUGAGUCCUUCAAACACCUCUUCCUUAAAGACUACCAGGACGACUCGGACACCCCUCUGGCUGUCCACACUCAGGCUGACGUGUACGAUCACAUCUACUAUGCUGUAGAACAGUAUCUGGCGUUGCCCCAGACCACCGUUGGUCGUUACGCGUACGUGAUGGACGCGGGCGUGAACGGCAGCGCCCUCUCUCUGUGUCAGCGGUACUACAGGAAGGGCACCAUUGACCCCCUCAACGACACGUUUGACAUCGAUCCUCACGUUGUCACGGACUGUAUAGGAGUGAACCCCCCCCCAGAUCCUCAGGCCCCUUUUCCAACCGAUUACAAGAACUUCACCCUCCAGUUUUACAAGCUGAUUAACGUCACCAUUGACUUCCAGCUGAAGGCCAUUAACAUUCAGACCAUCAUCAAUAAUGAGAUUCCAGACUGUUACACCUUCUUCAUCACGAUUCUUCUGGAUAACAAAGCCCACAGUGGUAAAGUGAAGAUCAGUCUUAACAACAUGGCCUCUAUGCAAGAAUGCAGAGACCCCAACGUAUCCGGACAUGGGGAGACCUACGGUCGUGAAGUGUUUGAUGUGUUUGUGGUGGUGGUGUGUGUGCUCUCUCUGGUGCUGUGUGGACGCUCCAUCCUCAAGGGACUGCAGUUACAACACGAGUUUGUGCAGUACUUUUGGCUUCGUCUCAGCCGUAGAGUGGACUGGGGUGACAGAAUGGAGUUUAUAAACGGGUGGUACCUUCUCCUCAUCCUCAGCGACAUUCUCACCAUCACUGGAAGCUUCAUUAAAAUCGGCAUUGAGGCCAAGAACCUGUCAGCCUAUGACAGCUGUGCAAUUCUGUUGGGUACGUCCACUCUGCUGGUGUGGGUGGGGGUUAUUCGUUACCUCAGCUUCUUCCAGAAGUACAACAUUCUGAUAGUGACUCUGAGAGCUGCGUUUCCCAACGUGAUCCGCUUCUGCUGCUGUGCUGCUGCCAUUUACAUGGGCUACUGCUUCUGUGGCUGGAUUGUCCUGGGACCCUACCACGCUAAAUUCCGUUCCUUGUCCACGGUGUCGGAGUGCCUGUUCUCGCUGAUUAACGGGGACGACAUGUUCGCCACGUUCUCUGAGGUGGAGCACAGCGGGACCCUCGUGUGGGUCUUCAGUCAGGUGUAUCUCUACACCUUCAUCUCCCUCUUCAUCUACAUGGUGCUGUCCCUCUUCAUCGCCCUCAUUACCGGAGCCUACGACACCAUCAUGCAACAAACCCAGGAGCCAACCCACAUCACAGAGCUGCAUGCCUUCAUUGCGGAGUGCACAGACACGCCCACUUCAGGAAAGUUCCGGAGCCCCGAGGCCCCCGCCUGCUCUCUCCUCUGCUGCUUCAACUAGAGAGAGAACGAA